AUGGCUGAUUCCUGCACAAGGCGUUGGGUGCUCCAGGUGAACCUCUGGCUGAUGGCCCUGGUCACAGGUGGGAUGUCAGCAGACAACAGCAGCGCCAGGAACAGCACAGGCAGUGGGUGCCCCUUGGUGCAGCAGCAACCACGCUACGUGUCGGCCAAGAAGAACAUGCCUGUCCACUUCAUCUGCUACACCCAGGAGCCCCAUAGCAUGCAGUGGUACAAAACGUUGGAGGACAGUGAUGAUCUCUACGAGAUGGAUCACAGCACCUCUCGCUACAGCAUCGAGAGGAAAGACAAAUUCAUCAACUUCACCAUCUUCAGGAUCAGCUACGAGGACAACGGCAUCUACGUGUGUGACAGCAAGAACCUCACGGCGGAAAAGAAGCGGCCGCACUUGUGUGGGACAGAGCUCAGAGUCAUGGGUCACAGCAACAUUCAGCAGAUCCAGAGCAGAAACACCCUGAAAGAUGCCAUCAUCAUCAUCCAGUCCAUCCUGCUGGUCAUCUUCAUCAGUGUCCCCAUGCUCCUCUUCCUAGACAAAGGUGAAGGCAAGGAAACCCCAGAGGAGGAGCACACCUAUGAG